UAAUACAUCAUGUGUUAAGUAAUUGUUCAAUUGAGUUUCACGCUGCGCUCCCACUGCCUUGCGUCAUUAUUUAAAAAAAACACAACACACUCCAGUCCAACGGGUGGCGGUAAUGCGGCUAUAAGUCAACUCCCGCUAACUUCUAAAGAAGACCUACGUUCCUUUGGCGUUGAGUUGCUGAGGCAAGGAAAAACGAAGACAGGUAACGCAUUCAAAUGGAAGGGAGUGAGGCUCCCAAGACACUUGCAACAGUGUUCCUAGAUGGGACCGAGAUCUGCAAAAAGAUGCUUCAGCUGACCUCUAUUGCAGACAUUCGUGAUGCCUGCAAAAGCUCAUUGACUUGCAAUGCAGAAUGUGAUAGAAUUCUAAAAUUUAACAUAGAUUUUAAUGAAUACAUUGACGCGGACAUCAAUGGCAAUGUCGGAAAUUUUGACAAAUAUCACAUUUUGUUCAAGUCAAUCAAGCCAAAACAACCUGGGAAACAGUUGGCUGAACCACCGGGUACAGAUGCAUCUGAUUCAUGUGGUCAAUUGGAGGCUGAGCACUUGAGUUCCUGUACAAGUCAUCCAAGCAGUCAACUGAAUAGUCAAGGACAAAUUGAUGGUGCGCAUGGAUUUAAUGCCGCCAGUCUGACAGCACUCAUUGAGAGUAAGGCCCCAAGUGUACUUGCCGAAUAUGAACAAUCCGGGACACUCUCUGUGACCUCCAGAAAACUUGUUGUGAGGAUAAGUGUCAGUGAUCUGGUGGAGCGAAGGGGAUUUUAUCCUUCAAGUGCUGACAAAGAGAUUUUGGCUAAAAGCCUAAUAACAGUCUUCCCAUCACUAAAGAUCAAGAUACAAGAAGAGAAUGAAGGAUUUGAGCACUUUUAUGACCCGGUGUCUCACUGUGGGUUCAUCGAAUUGAAGCUGAGAAACCUACGAAGAACCCUCCAUGAUGAUCAGCGACGCUAUCGCAAGCGCGGGAGGUCUAGUAAUACCUCUGGAGUUAGUAUAACACUGCAGGUGAUUGCAGAUGGGGAAGAAGAGUCAAUCAAGGAGUGGAUAACCUCUACUAAAAGGAUGAGACCCUCUCCUGAGAACAUUGCAUCUAUCAAAAUGGGCAUGGAGAAAGCCUUCACCAAUUGAAGACUCUGGAUCACGACCAAGUCGCCAACCGUGGCUGAGGUUUUUCAGCAGUACCCUUGCUUUGUGGACAUGCCAUACUUGUUGGAUGCAGAGUUUGGAAAAAUGUUCCCCGGGAAGGAAGACCUAUUCCUUCGGAAAUGGGAAGGACAUAUUGUUCCAAAACUACUGAAAGUGGCUACACUUGAAAAUGACCCACAUGUCUUGCCAGCUAGUGAGGAAAUUGAUGAGUUACUUUGCUUCAGAGCCCUUCAGAUGCUCACACACUAUUUGCCUCCUACCGCGUCCGGAAGGGCUAAAGGAUGGGCCAAAUGCAGUGUGAAAUCGGCCCUUUCGUACAUCUUGGACUUAAAACCGACUGGAACAAGCAUCCCAAGCCUUCUAGAGGGAUCUCCUGAGGAAGCAGUGGGAGUCCACCAGCCCAAGCUUGUGUGUUUAGGGCACCCCAGAACACCAGCUCAGUAUGUGAUCAUUGCAAAGAACGACAAUGUCGCCAUCCCCCUUCAAGACGAAGGUUUAACAUGCGCCAUUGACAAGUUGUUCAAACUUUUCUGGGUUUGCAACAUGGCAUAUCCUGCCCAACUCGAAUCAGUCUAUAGUUUCUUUGAGUAUGUUUAUGACAUGCCCAUCUCAUGUAGGAAGAGAUCAAAAGUUGUUGAACUUAUUGCAAAGCUCCAGGCAGUGUUGUAAGUUCUAACUUUGAUUAUCACUUGUAUGCAUAUGUUGUGAAGCGGAAUGAUGAUAAUGCUAUAAUAUAUAGCAGACAUCAGACCAUUAGACUUGCUGUCAUCUUUCAGUGGAAACCAACUCCAUGAGAAUCCUAUACAAAUUGAUUGUUUAAAUGUGCAUUACCUAAGUGCAAGACAUAUACCAAAACCCACAACUUGUAACACAAAAAUGCAUGCAGCUGUUCAGUGAUCCUGCAGAUUUAUGUGUGUAGCCUGAUCUUCUCUGCUUUGGAUUCAGAAUUCAGAUAUUCAGAAGUAGCUCAUUUGGGUUCAGUUUCUGUGACGUGAUGCUUGGAAUUUUUUGUUUAGUUAGAUUUUACUUUAUACGUUAUUUAUUUUUAUGUAUUAACUGCAUUUUGUAUAUAAAAUGUUUGUUUACAGUGGUCAUUUGUGGUAAACAAAUCUGAACAUCCGUCAAAUGUUUAAAUAUGAAAUUAAGGAAAUAAAAUAAUUGUGACCUAAAUUUCUUGUAAUCUUUGUGUUUUAAA